UAUCUUGGAUUUGCAAUUAAUUGCUUUUUCUGUUCAUCAAUGUAUCACACCCUUAACUGUCACUCAAAGAAAAUUUGGGGUAUUUCGUACAGAUGUGAUGUGAGUGCCAUUUCUGGACUUAUUGGAAGUAGCAUCAUUCCAGCUCUGUACUUUAACUUGUAUUGUUAUGUUGGUUGGCAAAUAGUUUACAUUUCAUCAAUUGGUUUGUUUGCAGUUGUUGGAAUGAUUUUCCCAUGCCUGCCAUUCAAGAGUCCGCGUGCUCUCAAAAUUUUUGGUAUUGUGAGAACUGUUUUAUUCAUUUCUAUGGUUUUGAGUGCUAUUAUUCCAAUUUCACACUUUUUACUUUUCAUUCUUCCAUUGAAACAAGAGUAUACAGGUAGUUUCUAUUCGGAUUACAAUCAAGAUUUCAUGAUUGGAAUUAUCAUUGUGGUUUCAUUGUAUGGUCUUGGAUUAGUUUUCUGGCUCACCAAAUUCCCUGAAAGAGCCUUCCCUGGCAAAUUUGACUUGUUCUUUUCAUCACACAAUAUUUGGCAUGCUUUCAUUGUUGCUGCCAGCUCCUUAUGGUAU